GCAGCGGCAGCAACAGGAGGAGGGCUUACAACUAGCUCGCAAGAGGAGGCAGAAGUUGUAAGGAGGAGGAGGAGGCUGCUAAUACAACAGCGCGCGCCGGGAGAAGGUGAAAUGAGCCCUCGGAAGCUUCUGUGGGAGAGGAAACCUUACCAAAGAACCAAGAGAGCUGCUUGAUUGUUGGACCCCGGCCCUCUUCCAGGACAAGAGAUGGGCCAGACGUCAGUCUCCACUCUCUCCGAACAUGCUAGUGUUGAUGGGAUAGACAAAGCAUCAAUUGCAAACUCAGAUGGGCCAACUUCUGGAUCCCGAACUCCUCCUUUCAAGAGGAAGGGCAAACUUUCUACUAUUGGUAAAAUCUUCAAACCAUGGAAAUGGCGAAAGAAGAAGACAAGUGAAAAAUUUAGAGAAACAUCAGCAGUGCUAGAAAGGAAGAUAUCAACUAGACAGAGCAGAGAGGAGCUGAUAAGAAGGGGUGUCCUGAAGGAAAUAACCGAACAAAAUGGAGAUGUAGCGGUAAAUUUUGACAUCUCAAAUGGCCACACGAUUGUAAUCACUGAAGAAGCCAUACAGAAUGAAAACGUUAUAAAGACUACAGAUGACAAUAACUCCAUAUCAGCAAAAGCACAAGCUCCAGAAGAGAGAAAAGAGGGUAAAAAAGAGAAACCUCUUCCUAAACGUCCUGAAACUUCAGUACCCCGUGCUCCUCCUCCUCCUCCUCCACCACCACCUCCUAAAUCUAAGCCUAAAGCUAAAAAAGCAACCAUACCUCCAAAAAAUGCUGCUGCUGCUGCUACCACUAGCCAUAAGACUAACGAAGUGCCACAUGUUAAAAAAAAGGGCAAGGCUCCUGCUAAGCAGGCCUCUGCUCCACCUCCCAAGCCAACAAGCCGCAGUGCGAACCGAGAAACUGCUAGUUCCUCUAAUUUAAAAAAAGUGCCUGUUUCGAAGUCAUCAUCUACGUCAUCUCGCCCUAAAACAUCUAAAGAGCCAGCAUCAAGCAAAACAGGCACAGGGACACCCAGAGACAAGAAGAAGCAUGGAAAGCAGCUAACUACACGAACAUCUACAGAUGGGGACAUUUCUUCAGCCUCAAAUACAGCAGUAGACAACUCAGAAAAAAAGGUGGAAAACUCUAAGCCAGAAGAGCCUCUCCGUGUUAUUCCUGAACCUGGAGAUACAACCCAGCAGAGCACGGCUACUGUUCCUCCCCCUCCUCCUGCUGUUCCACCUCCUCUUCCUCCAUUCAUCCCGUCUCUAUCUCCAGGCACUCAGCCCACUGGUUUCUCAGACACACAAGAUGUGCCAGUUAGCACUGAAAUUGGCCCGUCUGUCCCUGGCACAGAUUCCAAUGAUCUCCAUACGCAAACUGAAGCAGACAGCAAAAACUCUUCAACCAGUGCUGUCUUAGACAAUAGCCUGGAUAUUGGGGGAGAAGACACAGAAUGUUCCACUACCAAAGAAGACCCUGUAAAAGAGGACUCUGACCUGGGAAGCCCUGCCUUGACAGACGAACCUUCUGAAGCCCUGAACACUCCAGAAAGUGAAAGCAGCAAAGAGAACCACACCAGUGACUCAGAUUCAGAUGGCCCUAUACUCUACACAGAUGAUGAAGAUGAUGAUGAUGCAUGUAGUGGAAGCUCUUUAGCAAGUAAAAUACGUCGUAGAGAUACUCUGGCAAUCAAACUUGGCAAUAGGCCAUCGAAAAAAGAACUGGAAGACAAAAACAUCUUGCCGAGAACAUCUGAAGAGGAGAGGCAGGAAAUCAGACAUCAGAUCGGCACAAAGCUAGUGAGGAGACUUAGCCAGAGGCCUACUUCUGAAGAGCUAGAACAAAGAAACAUCUUGCGGCAAAAGAAUGAAGAAGAGGAACAAGAAGCCAAGAGAGAGCUGAAGCGCAGUCUCAGCAGAAAGCUCAGUCUGAGACCAACAGUGGCUGAACUUCAGGCAAGACGAAUCCUACGUUUUAACGAAUAUGUGGAAGUAACAGAUUCUCCAGAUUAUGAUCGUCGUGCUGACAAGCCCUGGGCAAGAUUAACACCUGCAGACAAGGCAGCAAUACGGAAGGAAUUAAAUGAAUUUAAAAGCACAGAAAUGGAAGUACAUGAAGAGAGUCGACAGUUUACAAGGUUUCACCGUCCAUAAUUGACUGAAAAUAUCCUGUAGUCCACACACAAACUUAAUUCCUGGGGAAAGCACAGCAUCUCAAAGACCUGAGAGCACAUUGCAACUGAAAUAUCUGCAGCAGUUGAACCUGAAGUCAUUGAAGAAUGUGGUUCCCACAUUUAACAAAAAAUAUGACUAGGAGAGAUCCUGAGAGCAAUGCAGAAAUGGCCAUUUAAAAAGAGGAAAGAGAAUUGAGAGCAUCUUGCUCAUUGUAAAUGAUAGUUUUUCCCCUCAUUAGCACUUGGCCAAAGAAGAAGUACUGAAGAUAAUAUCACAUUCUUUUGUUGACAAGAAGUAAUAAGAAUCCACUUUCAAGUAGGGUGCGAACAGAUAGAGCAGAGUCUUUUUACUUAUCAGCCAACAAAAGAAUGUUAGAACAAAAUUAUUAGCAUUCUUCAUGGAAGUCAUUUAAUGCUAUAUUAGGAUAUCGGAUGUCUUAACGUGCAGAUCCAGGAAUGUGAGCAGUUCCGUGUAUGCAGUUCCAGAAUCCUCAGCUUUUUGUAGCCAGGUGGAGAGCUACCAAGUCCCCUUUUCAUAAACAGCACUUACAUUGCAGCAAUUUAGUGUAGUGCCAGUGAAUUUGCCAGUAAUAAGUUCUAGCAUGAUCCAUAAUCAUUUUUACAAAUGUUGACUGUCAUGCUUUUAAAAUGUGCAUUGAGACUGCAAAUUUCUGCAUAGUUAGAUUCGUGUGAGUUGUAGAAAUUUCAUUAGAACUUUUGAGCAUGUAACUAUGCACAGGAUUGCAGUACAAAUGUAUGUUCUUUUAUAUGUUUUUUUAGAAGUGCAAAACCAUAGGUCCUGCAUAAUCAUGAAUCAAUUUGAGAAAUAUGUCUAGGAAAAAGAAAUAUGUGAGACAAUAAGAACACAGUGAAAAGAUGCAAACUAUUUA